ACAUGUGUGCAACCGAUCUACGAAUCCAUUGUACCUCACCGACAUGUAGAGUAUUUGCGCCCACUCUAGCAUGACAAACGAUACUCAGUGAAUGUGGGGCCUUUAAAAGCCCCAUUCAUCGAUUCACGUCUUUCAAACACAAUACCCUCCUUCUAUGAAUGUGCCGUGUACUUGUACUUGUGUACUGUUCUAAGUUACACAAUAAACACGGUUCACUGCCGGUUCAUAAUAUCAUUCACAUACUUUUUUACUACUGGGGGCAAACAAACUAAGACACCAAUUUCACCCAUUUGGCGAUAUUCAUCACACCUGUUGCUUAGAUAUAGCUGACCGCAUGUCUUGACUUGAAAAGCAAGCACGUGCACCGCUCGUGAUUUGUCCAGUUGAACUUGGCGAGUUGAACUUGACACAUUUCUUUUCAUAACCGGACGAGAAGUCAAGAUGCAAAGACAAUGAUUGGAUGCUCACAGUUCUGCGCCGUGCGUGAAACUCCCUGAAGUGACGGAAACUGCUUCAUACCUGGGGUUUUGACCACCAUCCGCUGACAUACUCAUCCCCUCAUCUCUCUCACAUUCCGUGGUUGUCAACGUCUCCAACAUGCACGUGGAGGAGAUUAUUGAGGAGAUCUGGACAUUUGGACGCUUCCAGAAGAUCAUGCUGGUGACCGUUCUGGGGCCACGUGGUCUCCUAGGCUGGAGCAUGUUGGUGAUGUCCUUCACUGGAACGAUACCAGAUUGGUGGUGCCUGCCCGGCUCUGAGGGGGGUAACCAUUCCAAACAUGGCAAUGUCAGCUUCGACAACACAACGUUUCACAAGUGCUACACCGACGGCAAUGACACGUGCAGGCGCGUGUACAGCGACACCUACAACACGAUUGUUAACGAGUGGGAUCUGGUCUGCAGCCGGAAGUGGAUUACGCCGAUCAUCACGUCUAUACAGAUGGGCGGCGUUCUUUUUGGGGCGCUCGCUGGGGGGCAGUCGGCGGAGAUGUUCGGCCGCCGGAAGUCCCACUUCAUCUUCAUGCUCAUCCACGCCAUCACUAACGUCAUCGCCGGCUUUUCCGUGUCAUGGCAGAUGUUUGCAAUACUCCGGUUCCUCCUGGGAAUCUCAGUCGGUGCUCUACUUGUGGUCAGCUUCACCUAUUAUAUGGAGUUCAUCGGGAAGAAGUGGCGCUCACUGUGUUCCGGGAUGCCGUUCUGGUCAAUGGGCGUGUGCCUGUUCGCCCUGACCGCGUGGCUGACCCCCGAUUGGUCCAAUCUUCACAUCAUCUGCGGCGUCAUCCACAUCCCCUUCUUGUGUGGCUGGUUCUACAUCCCCGAGAGUAUCCGCUGGCUCGCCGUCAAGAACCGUUUGGAGGAGGCUGAAGCGGUGGUCCUCAAAGUGUGCCAAUUCAACAAUCGCCCUAAGCCAGAACACACCCUGGGCAUCCUGAAACUCGUUGCAGAUGAGGAGAGGAGACUUGCCCUAGACAAGAAAUAUACCUACAUCGACAUCUAUAGAGGCUGGAAGAUGUGCAGGAUGUCGCUCCUUGUUCAGUUUCAGUGGGCGUGCUUGGCGUUGGUGUACUACGGUAUUCUGUUCGGCGUGGACUCUCUCUCCGGCAACCUCUGUCUCAACAUCUUUCUCAUGGGCGUCGUGGAUAUACCUGCCGACAUCGCGACGCUCUACCUCAAUAACAGGUUCGGCCGGAAGUUUACAUGUUUGGGCUAUUUGGUGUUAGGAGUCAUCGGCGCCCUUAGCGUCAUAAUAGCGUCCAUUCAUGCACCACCGGACACCCGAGGUGUAAUCAUCACCACCCUGGCUCUGGUGGCUAAGGUCGGGGUAGGUUCCGGGUGGACGGCAUUUCAGGUUCUCACCAGCGAAUCCUACCCCACCGUUAUCAGGAAUCUGGGUUAUGGCGCAGCUGGAAUGUUAUCCCGUAUUGGCGCCAUCAUCGCACCAUUCAUCUUUACGCUGGGCGGAGACAGCAUCCUCAUGCCCUUCAUCGUGGUGAGCGUCACCAUGGCCGUCUGCAUUGUAGUCACGUCCCUGCUCGCCGAGACCAAAGACUCUCCCCUUGAAGACACCAUCGCAUCCAACCCCGCCAAGAACAAACUCAUGGACCAAGAAGAACUGGAAAAACUCUGAUUAUCUUAUCAGACUCGUGUGGGCGGAAGAAACCUUGCUUAGAUGAUUGUUUGCACAAAGGACAGUUGUCUGUGUUUGAUCUGUGAAACCAAAGAUUAUUAUUUUAAUCUGCGUGCACGUGACAGACAUAGGGUGAGUCCGUAAUAACUUUACAAUCGAAGGGACAGGUCCAUAUAGAACACGAAGAAGCGAGCACACUGUAAUAACUUGACUACCUGAGGAUCGAAUACUCUAACAAAUUGCAAGUUGUGAAGAAAGAUAGACUUGCAAACAUAGGACCUUUUUCUUUGUGAGGAAUUAAUAAUCUGAGAACUAUGUAAGGACACAAAUGAUCGAUUACUCUGAAAGGACUUGACAAACAAAGAACGAUUACUCUGUAAGGACUUGACAAACUAAGAACGAGUACUCUGUAAGGACUUGACAAACUAAGAACGAUUACUCUGUAAGGACUUGAGAAACUAAGAACAAGUACUCUGUAAGGAAUUGACAAACUAAGAACGAUUACUCUGUAAGGACUUGAGAAACUAAGAACGAGUACUCUGUAAGGAAUUGACAAACUAAGAACGAUUACUCUGUAAGGAAUUGACAAACUAAGAACGAUUACUCUGUUAGGACUUGAGAAACUGAAAACGAGUACUCUGCAAGGACCUGAGAAACUAAGAACGAUUACUCUGUAAGGACUUGUCAAACUAAGAACGAGUACUCUGUAAGGCCUUUAGAAACUAAGUACUCUGUAAGGCGAAAUCGUGUAAAAAACAUGACGUAAUUAAAGAGCUUUUACUCGGAAUUGGAUGGAUGAACGAAGAUAUCUUUGUUAUAAAAUGUUCCAACAGAGGUUAACCCAGUGAAAAACAUUGUGUGAACGCCACGUGAACACCUCGUUAAACACUCCCCAGCAUUUGUGAACACCCCGUCUCUACUGAAUCUUGCAAGGUUUCAAAGGCGAACUUUCCGACCAAACUGAUGCUGAUAAACUUAUCAUACUCAAUAUUUUUAUGCAAGCGGAAGGAACAUUGAUUGAUCGUACGUUUUGUCCAACUGAUGAAUUCUGAUCUUACUGCAUUUAGGCCAUCUCAACUCAGCGUGUUUUGGGGCUGGUCAUUUAUUGUAGGGUGUGGCUAGGGGUGUGGCUAGGGUAUUGGUGGGGGUGGGGGUAGGGGUGAGAUCGGUUUUAGGUCAGUAUCAUAUUUUGCCGAGUACGCCCCCCCCCAUUUUUCGAUUUUACGUAAUAUUUAUCCACCACCCCCUCUUCCCUAUACUAAGUGACCGGUCCCUAAAUAUUGUUCACAUGUAUGACUGUUUUAUUUGUGAAGAAAGAACUGUCAUUUUCAUCACACCCCCCCCCCCCCCCCAAUCCGCUUUAUAUAGUUGUGAUAAGUUAUUUCUGACCUCCCCUGUCACUUUUAUGACACUCUUGCUAUUUACAGCUUUCUCUAUUUUCUACCCUGUCAUGGCCGUAUUUCCUGCCAUUUAUUCACCACUGCUGGCUAUGCCUCUUGCUUACGAAUGCGUUGGGAAGAGGUGGAGUGACAGGUGGGGUGGUAGAUGGAGUGACAGUACUGUAUCAGGAUAAAUAGGUCGAGGCGAAGUCCAUUGUUUCUCUUCCUGUGGCCUCUACCUGUCUUGAAGCACAGAUUGUAUAUUACGUCAUUCGUCACUUGUCACUUGUCACUUCCCACAAGCCCAGUCAUGUGAGCAAAUCUUGUACAUGUAGCUUCAGCAGCAUUGUCUGUAUGGAGGGAGGACAUUCUCUUCUUAUGUACAAGGGGCGGUCGGGUAGCCUAGUGGUUAAAGCGUUCGCUCAUCACGCCGCAGACCCGGGUUCGAUUCCCGACAUGGGUACAAUGUGUGAAGCCCAUUUCUGGUGUCCCCCGCCGUGAUAUUGCUGGAAUAUUGCUAAAAGCGGCGUAAAAUCAAAUUCACUCACUCACUCUUAUGUACAACACUGACCAAAAUGACGAGCUCUGAUUGGAUCCGAACAUUCAGCUGUUUACAAGUAGAUUGCUAUCCUGGGGCCCGUUCACAAAGCGAUCUUAGCGCUACGGCCAUCGUAAGGCUAUGUUAAAGUAUGGGAGUUAAGAUCACCUUAGCACUACGAUCGCUUUGUGGAACGGGGCCCUGGUUCGUCAAGAUGAACACAAGUUCAUCUCAAUCCCGACCAUCUCUUGUGUUACCUUGAGGUUCCCAUACUUGUCGUUGAUAAAGUACAACCAAUAAUGUCCUGACAUACUUGCUGUACGAUUCACACUAUACUCAUCGACAAAAGAAACGCGAAUACCAUGUUGGUUAAGAUAUGAAGAACUGGGAUGUUGCGUGAAUCGACGCGCAUGGACGCAUUACAUGUGACGUUAUAGAUCCUUGACUCGAGAUGCACCAUUUGUCUCGUGCAGGAUUAACGUGUAAACGUUUGGAAAUCACGUGCAGCAUAUCGUGAUAAGAAUAAAGACACUCUGUAGUAACACGUGACUGAUUGUUAGUAUUUUCAUAAAUUGGUGCACAUUGGAAACAUCUCUUCUUCACGUACAUACUUCUCUAUAAGUUUCUGUGGUUCGCGUUUCUUUUGACGCUGAGUAUAUAUGUCAUUUCACCACGUGAAGUCCAAUUUGCCAUAUUUUUCUCCAUAAAGGAAGCUUUUUAUUCAGCAGACAUCCAUGACAUUCAGACAUUCGUGACAACUCGAUCUCCUUGAAUACAUAAAUUUAAGAGCACCCUUAAAGGGGACACGUAUAUUAAAAAUAUCAAGUUUUA